UGAGCAGUGUCUCAGAGUCUCAGUGUCUAUGCGUUUGUCUCUCAGUCGCUGUUUCACUGCAAACCCCAUCGGAUCCACAGUUUAAAGGGAUCGCUGUUUGUGUCAGUGGUUUGUCUCAGCAAUGGAUUCACGUGUCUUCACACCAGACCCACCACACAGUCACUGAUCACUUGAGUUGCCAUCACUCGUGGUGUCCGCCAACCAAUUGACGCAUUCAUGCCAGUGAUGGCCAAAGAGUCGGACACUUUGGCGGAACUCAUGUCUCAAAGUAUUGUUCACAACAAUAAUGGGACGGAAAGUGAGUGCAAGGGAUGUGCUGUGAAUGGGUUGGUGUCUUCGCCAUCGACCUCUUCGCCACACAAUCGACUCAGUCUUCAGCGACUGUCCGCCGAAAAGAGGGCCAAAAGAGUGAAGUUUUUCCUCAAUGGAGACAAAUAUUUCAAAGGCUGUGUCUAUGCCGUCAAUGAUAAGACAAUCCGCACCUUCGAUGCCCUCAUCCAAGACCUCAACAGACUCUUCAGACAUCAUAUAGGUCUACCGACUGGCGUUCGCUUCAUAUUCAGCAUCGAUGGCAGCGAAAGAGUCACGUGUUUGGAUCAAUUGCACCAAUCGAUGAGUUAUGUGUGUUCGUCGACCGAUCACUACAUUCGCAUCGACUACCAGUCCAUCGCCAACAUGAGUAGUCUCUGUGCCAAUAGCGCCGUUAGCCUUAAAAACACUACUAAUAUGAUUAAUAACACGAAAAAGUCUUGCGUCGAGAUUACGAGCGAUAAUCAAUUGACUCACUCAUCAGCACCACUGCCUGUCAACGGAGUGAAUGCAUCACACGUUCAGUCGAGUCAGACU